AUGUCUGUAAAACGUUCAAUUGGUGUUAAUACAACAUCAUCAUCGGGUCCAAUGUCAAAUAAACGAAUGAAUGAACCAACAAUAGAUCCAUCCAAUGUUUUAUAUAAUGAUACUCGAAAUUAUCAAAUUAUAUUCACGAAUGAUUCACGAUUUUUUGAUACCAGUCUUCAUUUAUUUAAGUCCUAUCGUAAAUUAGGUUAUAUCGAGUUAGAUAAUAAAAAAUCGACGAAAAGUCUAAAUUCUUCGUCAUCAAAUACAGUUAAAUCACAUACAAAUGGAACAACUAGUCGUUGGCGACCUAAACCAGUUGGUUUUAGUAGUAAUGAUUUGAAUGGAAAACCGAAUGGAACAUUGAAUUCACCUUCUCUAAGACAUUAUGACUAUGCAGCUAGUUAUCGAUCUGAAUCGGGUAUUUCAAAAUUAAUGACUUCAAAAAUAAAACGCGAGAAUUCACCAUUUAUUGUCUCUUCUCAAAGACCACCCAUGCCAUCAUCUAAUUAUUCGAAUAUGAACGAUGAUGAUUCAGAUGAUCCUGAUAUUAUUGUGACUAGAUUGUGA